CUUUAAUUUCGCAAGAUUUCUUGUUUAUCAACAUCACUUCCGGCAAGCGUGAACAAAUUUCACCAGUUCUUCACGAAUGCUGCAAUCAAACCCUGGUUGAUUUUAUUGAUAACAUAUUUGUUGGCAGUAUAAGUCUUGACAAGAGAAACAUGGCAUCUUUAACAUGUUUGUCAUGUAAUGUGGCCUUUACUGAUAUUGCCUUGGGUCGCCUUCAUUACAAAUCAGAAUGGCAUCGUUACAACUUAAAACGGAAAGUUGCCAAUCUUCCUCCAGUUCCACUUGAGAAUUUUCAAGAAAGACAACAGCUUCAGGAGAAACAGGUUGAUUAAAUUGAGAUAUAUAUUAUUUAAUAUUGUAUCAAUCCAUUCCUGUAGGGCUUUGGCCUGCCUCACUACUUCCUUCGGUAAUCUACCACUUGAGCGUCAGCCAAGAAAAAAUCCAGUUGCUCAGGUCAGAAGGGCUAUUUAAACAACUUUUCUUACAUUAGAGUCUGUUAAUAUUUUUGCUUCCUUAUAGAGGCCAUAAAGUUGUGUAGCACUAUACUACUACAUUUAAAUAAUUAUUACUGCCAAGCUACCGAUAGGCCAGGAAGAAAAGGAGACAAUUUAUUUUUUUUUUAUCCAGAAGACGCGAAUGUCCACACACAGAAUGUGGAAAACAUGAAUACUCAAAAAGCGUAAACUGAAAAGACAGUAUGGCACAAGAAUCUUUCCCCAUCAUAUUUACGUGGAUUCAUGUACCACAACCGUUUUCAUGGAAAUUAUAUUUUUUUAAAACUUCAUUGUCAACUUGGGGGAGAACUAUCAUAAUGUCAUAAUUCCAUUUUCACACAUCUUCUAUUUCAAAAAAAUUGUUAUAGUUUUUCUAUUUUUUUUAAAAUUCUCUAUUAUUAUGGGAAUGAAUUCGUAAAACCAAUGUCAUUAAAAAUAAUAUAAGAAUAGUUGUUUAAAUAUCCCUUCCAACCGGAACAGCUGGAUUUUUUCUUGGCCGACGCUCAAGUGGUAGAUUACCCUUCCUUCCACUAAGACCUAGCUAUUGCUAGGUACUUUGACAAAAAAAAUGUGUAUAAAUAAACCAGUUGCCAACAUUUGCCAACAACAAUAAUCAUAAUGAUUCACUGAUAUAGACUGUACUAUUCAAGGGCGGUUUGUGUUCUCCAUCCAUAUUCAUCCUUUGUUGGUCCAUAUGUUUUCCGGAGAACUUUACUCUCCCAUAUGUUUAAUGGGUUUUCUGCCGUUUUUGUUACUGUCCAAGUUUCACUAAAACUUGCAUAUGUUACUGGUCUGAUUACAGUUUUAUAAAUAGUUUUCUUCAUUUCUCUUGUAAUGUUUUUACUUUUGAGUAUUUUCUGACCACUUAAGUAUGCCUUGUUUCCGACGGACAUUCUUUCUUUUAUUUCUGUUAGUAAUUUUUUUUUCUUUCAUUUAAUAAAGAUCCUCUCCUAGGUAUUUGAAUUGAUUUACUUUUUAAAAAGUCAUGUUUCUAAUUUUAAUGGCUUCAUCUGUCUGUUCUUCUCUUAUCAUAGUCGUGUAUUAUUUUUUUUUUUUUUAGUUGUUAACUUCCAGCUUGUUAAAGUUAAAAUGUCCAAAUAGUUGUUAAAAUUUAGGCUUUACAGUUUCACUUGUUUCCCUGUGUUGUCUACUAUAUUUUUGACACGGCCACCAUCAUUGUUGCCAUGACAGCAGCAGCAAAAAAUUAGUACCCAAUAUGGCGAAGGGCGCAUUGGGAGGGGAGAAGAAGACAUUGAAAUUUAGCUACUUACCAAUACUUAUGCAAAUGAGAAUAUUUUUCUUUAUUGACAGGAACAUUUUAAGAAAUGACAGUAUGUGACUCUUAUGGAUGGUGUAUAAAAGUGAUGACAAUUAAUACAUAAUCAAAAAAAGGUGGAAAAGCAACAAAUUUUUAAGAAGAAAGGGUAAAUUUUGGGUUUAACAUGAGUUUUGUCAAGAGUUGUCUCACCCAAAGCGCAGGGACAUCACUUUGGGGAAUCUCAACACUGGGCUUAGAGUGAAUAGACCAAUACAGCUCAAUUGUGGGACCUGAAUGUGUGUGAUAAUUUUCCUGUUCUUUACUGAGCAUAUAUCGUGUCAUGAACUAAAUCUUAUGAUCGAUAUUGUUAAUGUGAAGUAUAUUAAAACACAAUUUUCCAUUCAUUUUUUAUUAAAAUUCAACUUACACAUUUCAAAAGAAAUGAAAAAAGAACACAUCCUUACUGAUACAAGAAGACCUAACACCAUUGGGAGAAAAAAAAAGACCCAGGCUAAAAAUGCUGUCUUUUGAUUAGUCGAAAAUCGAAGUACCUGUAUGUUAUAACUUUGUAACAAAAGGGGAACUGCUGCAUAAAUUAUAUUGGCAGUGAGUGUCGGCACAAUAGCUUAGGAAAUAUUUGAUAACUUUUGUUUCAGAAUGAAAUUAGAAGGCAUUUAAACUUUUUUUGACAUACUUAAAUUACUCUCAUCAAAAUAGAUAUUGUUAAAGCCUGCUCAUUAACAUAACUAGAACUGGAAAUCGGUUGAUACGACAUCUCUAGCAAGGAAAAAAUAAUUUUUGAGUGAACCCUAUAACCCUGUACCGUACGUAUUUCAAUUUUUAAAAAUUCUCAAAACCAUAUGGGCCUCAAUUUCUUCAAAAAUAGUGAUUUUCAAGUACCGGUACCUACCUACUAGUUUUGGUUAUAGGGUUAUCCAAAAUGAGAGGGAAUGUGUCACAAAUUUUUGACAGCCUAUUUAGCUGAUGUCUAAAUUUGGGAUUUUGGGGGUGGUUGGUAAAAAAUGAGCCCUAAUAGCAUAACAUCAUUUAAUUUAUGAAUAACCCAAGUUUUGGGUGUCUCACUGUUUAAAGUCUAAGAACAGUGAAUGAGUGAUGCAACUUUGGCGUCUUUGGGGAAUCCAAAUAAUUGACAUGAUAAAAGGUGAAUAGAUGGACCUGUGUGAUGCAUAUGUUUACUUUCCCCUUCACCCAUAAUACAAUCUAAUAUAAUCUUUUUUUUUUAAAGAAUAAACUCAACUCAAAAUGCAUUUAAAAAGCAAAGUCUUUAUAUAUUAAUUAUAAAUAAUCAUGGUCCUAAGAAAUAACACAAAGAGAUAGGGGGGGGGGUGUGAAUAAAGACAGAGUAAAUGAGUUAUUUGCAUUCUAUACAUAAUUACUUAAGUCACUGAGCUCUCUAUCUUAUUAUAUGAAAUGCAUGUAAACUUUUAGCAGAGCUGAGCUUUUCAAACUUUUCAUGGUGGGGACACUCUAAUAUAGUUUUAUUAAACUAAUUGCUGCAAGUAAUGAGAGAUAUUGACAAAUAGCAUUACAUACAUUGUAAUAAAAAAAUGUAUUGUUGCACAAUGUCUUAUGAACAUAUUUAAUUUAUACAUUAAAAAAAUAUGUUUAGUAUGUGGAUAAUAAACAUUUUUGAGAUAAAUGCGCUUUUCAUCUUUAAGUACCGUAGUCUAUCAGUGUGUAAAUAUUUAUGUUUGAGAAUGUUUAAAAAUGCAUGCAAGUUGUUAUUGCUUAUUUCACAUUACUAAUUUGGUGAGAACACCUAAAGUUACACACUGCAGUUCAAAAAAGUGUUUUACAGUUUGGCAAGUUCUGCUGAAGAGGAUAUUAAAUUUUAUGGAAAAUAUAUUUUUACUACAUAUGAAAAAUAAAAUCAUUUUACCUUCAAAGUUGCAUUUCCUAGUAAACUAUUGUUUUCACUUUAGGAGACAGAUAGCAGUGCUGUUCAUGAGACAUGUUUCUGCAAGCCAUGUAAUAAAGCCUUCAGUACUCCCAAUGCACUGGAAAAUCAUCUUCAGUCAAAAAAGCAUAAAGAGCUUGUUUCAGGACCUGUCAAAGACAAAAAAAAGAAAGGAAAUAAAAAAGCUAAAAUUCACCAUGUCACUUCACAACCUGUGGAAGCUCCAAAGGAAGAUGCAGGUGAAAAUGAUGCAACCAAAUCAACACCCAUGGAUGAAGGUUUGUUUGUUUGAUAAGAUCGCAACUUAGAUUUUAUGGCUGAUUUAGAAUCCAUCAGCUUUCUGGUCAUUUUUUAAAAUAUCUGAAACUUUUACUUUUCUACAGCUACAGUAAUUUAAAGGAUUCAUGGCCAGGCAGAACAGACCAGUGCCAAACCCCUUUGAAUUUCUAAUAUAUUCUAAAACUUUAAUCCAAGUGCUACUAUUUAACAAGAUUUAUAUUAAAAGUGUUUCCCAAAUUUGUACAAAAUCCUCCUGGUUAUUAGAAGUAGAAGAAUAUACUAAUUCAUGUUGUUAAUAGGGUGUCAUUGGUGGAAACCUUUGAAUAAAAUUGGAUUAUUACUAUGGUAAAACAAAUUAUUUAUAUCUUUAAAAAUUCAUCUCUGUAUUUUUAAAAUAUCUUGUGUAAAGUUUAGUUUUUAAAUAAUCAUGACCUUUGUGGUUUGAGAUUGUCUUGUGUCCAAUUUGUCCUACUUUUUGAGUUCAUUUUUUCAAAUUAGAGUUUAAUUUAUAAGUGCUAACUGCUUGUUAUUACUUUCAUGUUGACUAAUUAUACGUUAUUAUGUACAUUUGAAUCUGACUUGUUUCAGGAGAACCUUGUUCUUUUUACCCCACACCACUUUCUACCUUUUGGGCAGUGAGACCUGUAAGCUUCCCAUUAUUGGUGUGGAAAUUAUUGUAAUUCUUUAUUAAAAUUGUUAAUGCUUUCAGCCUGUAAAAAACAAAUCAUUUCCGUAUUUGUCUUUUUCACUUCAAGUUCAAGGAAAAUUGAUUAACCAGUCUCAAGCUUAACCAAUGUUUUUUUUUUUUUAUUCUUUUUUGCCAAUAAUAUUUCUUUCUUGUAUUUUAUCAUCAGAUAACUCUGACGUAGAGUCAUGGAAUAGUGAUGAUGAUAAUACCAUCGGCCUUGAAGAAUGUUUGUUUUGCUCCUGUAUCAGCUCUUCCUUAGAGAACAAUGUUACUCACAUGAGCAAAAGCCAUGGAUUUUUUAUACCAGAUGCUGAGUACAUUUGUGAUUUAGAAGGCCUAAUUACAUACUUGGGUAAAUCGUUAUUCAAUAUUCUUUACUUUAAUUUUUAUUUUAUGCAUAAUUUUUAAAUUUUAAGAAAAGUAUUUUACAAUUAAUAUGCUUUAGUUUUGUUUGUUUUUGCUUGCAUUAGUUUUACCUUUUUGAUAUGUGCAAUUAAUUUUUCACACCAAAGUGGUAUUUUUAAACAGAUUACAGCUGAAUUCUAUAACUACUAACUUAAAUUAUAGAGUACAUCACAUACUGAUUUAUGUGCAAUAAAUAUGUUUAAAUUUUGCCAUUGUAGGAGAAAAGGUUGGUGUCGGCCACAUUUGUUUAUGGUGCAAUGAAAAGGGGAAAAGAUUUCAUUCAACAGAAGAUGUUCAGCGACACAUGUUGGACAAAGGUCAUUGUAAAAUGCUUCAUGAAGGAGAUGCUAUAUUUGAAUAUGCAGACUUCUUUGAUUAUUCGUAAGUUUCAUUUUGUAAACUGUCCUUAUAUUUAGUGAUAUGCUGUUGUAAGUUUUAAAGAAAUUAAUAUUACUAUUAUAUUUAGUGUAAUAUUACUAUUAUAUUUAGUGAUGCCAGUUUUAGAAUAAACAGUGAAUGUUGUUAAAAUAUUAAAAAAUUGACUUACUAUCAUUAAGGUCAAGUUAUCCUGAUGAUGUUGAUUCAAAUGUCAAUCCAGAUGAACCUGUUAAUGUUUUGGAGCUAGAGAGUGAUGGAUAUUUUCUCACUCUUCCAUCAGGUUUGUUCAAAAUAGUAUGUAAAAGUUUGGUUUUUUUUUUUGGUUGUUUUUUACACAAUACUGUCAGUUUGUAAAAUAAAUUAUAUAAUAAUCUAUUCUGCUGUAUGUACUCGUUAUAAAUCUGUUCACUUGGUAACGCUCUUAGUUUUCACCGGGGAAAAGCUUUAAAAGUGUGUAACCUGCUCAAAAUAUUAAGCUAGUGGAAGCAAUGCAGUACUGGAAACAAAAAAUUUAAGAAUCCAAAAGUUUCUAAAAAUAAUUAUUGUGUAAAUAAAGACUCAAAAACUAAUAAACUUGCAAUAUUAUGUAAAACACAGAUACCUGGUACAUUCUUUGUGUGUCUACUGGUAAAUACAGUGACCAUACUGAACAUUUUACAAAAAUCAAGACCUCUGCUCAUUGUAGAGCCAACUACAGCAGUUGCAAGAUGAGGAAAAAUGUGUGACCUAAAUUUUCAUGCUACUCUAUGUUGACUUCUGUUAAUAACUUUUCCUUUAUUUUUGUCUAUAACUAUAAUAGAUCAAUGUACCUCGGUAAAAUUAACUUUUUCCCCAAAAAUAUUUCAACAAAAAAAGUUAACUUAUGAAUGAAUCUUACAAUACAUCUUUUUCUUAGUAGUCUUAAUCUAGGGCAGGGGUCAUUCGUAAUCUAUGAUGUGUAUCAGUGUGCUGCAGCCCUUUGGCCAUAAAAUUUUCUUCAGAUAGCCCUUUUGGUUGAGUUUGAGAUUCCCCAGUCUAGGCAAAUGUGAAAUACCUAUAAAUUAUGUCUGAUAAUAUUAUUUCAUUUUUUUAAAAAUGGAUUCAUUGAUCAACAGACAUAUCAAACUUCCAAAUACAAUGUGUUUCACUUCAGUGUUUUAGAAUAGUGCGCUAUGCAUGCUAAUUGCUUUUUAAAAAGUUUCCACAGAGGCAACAGUUUUCAGUAUAUUGCGUUAUGCUUACUUUUAUUAGGAGCUACUGUUGGCCACAGGUCACUAAUGAGAUACUACAAGCAGAACUUGGUUUCCCACAUGCAUGAGCCAACAAAGAGGAUCCUUCCCAAAAUGUUAUCUUAUUACAAAGCUCUUGGAUGGACUGGAUCAACGGGUAAAUCUUUAUGAACUUUAUUUAUCAAAUUCUGUUUGCUAUUCUUUAUCUUUCUCUUUCAAUAAAAUGUGAUUUUCUGAAACCAGGUGUUUGUUACAACAUUUGAAACCUGCCUAUUGGGGUUAUAGAAAUUAAAUGACAUUUCAGGCUGUUGGAUAGCUCUCUUUUAUCAUGCUUUGUUGGUUAUGGUGGUUUUUUUUAGUUACAGUCCAAUAAAUGUUUUCCUCUCUCAAAGUAUUUUUACUAGGCUACUUUUUUUUAUAUAGCACUCAUAAUUUAUGGUUUUGUAGGUUUUUUUAAAAAGAAAAUGUUAAAAGAUUUAUAAUUUGGUUUUUUUCACCAAGGUACUCAAGUGGCGAUACGAGUCAAGGACUUGAAAUAUAUGCAGAGACUUCGCACUCGCCAUCAUAUGGAACUUGGAUGCAAGGCCAACAUGUUACGUCACCGUUUCAGGAAUCCUAAUCCUAUUUAACUUCUUUUUUAAAGAAUUUCAAUUCUUUUAUUUAAUCAAUAUUUCAUGUACUUCAAAAAAAAAAAACAAGUUCAAGUGGAAGAGAUACACUUAAAGACUAACCCAAUAAUUGAAGUGAAUAAUGAUAGAACGGAAAGUUAAGAAAGAAAAACAUCAGUGGGUACCAUUUUGCUAUUGUCCAUGUUAACAUUUUUGUUUUUUUUUAAGAAUAAAACAGAAUAUCAAUUAUCUAAAUGCAUGGCUUCAUUUACAAUUUACACUCGAUGAGUUGGGUUAUUUAUUUUAUUGUAAUACUGCUUGCUAAUAACUGAUAACAGGCAUGAUUAGCAAACAAAAUAAAUAUCACUAUUCUGUCCACACCAAGACUGCAACAUUCAGUGCUUGAGCUUAGUAAUUUUGAAGAAACAUUUUUAAUUCUGGAAAAUUUUUGUAGAAUGGAGAUGGAUCAAUAAAAAUGCAUUGAAUAAAAAUAAGUUUCCAUAUCAUUUAAACAAGUUGGCAUUUGAUUUCAUGGUAAGAUUCAUUAUGACUUAAUAUACUGUAACACUUUCUCUUGUUCUGUUCUGUAUGUAAGAUAUGAACUUUUUUGACUCAUGAGCACCGCCAUCCCAAACUGAAACAGGUACUUGAAGUAUAUAAUAAAAUGGGCACAUCAUAUACAUUUUUUAAGAAACUAUGCCAGUGCCUCUUCAUAUGAUUGCUGAAUCAGUCCUCUAUCGUUCAGAACUUAAACUUUGUAAAUGCCUUUCAAAAGAAAUCACAACUUUGUGUUUUCUAUUCAGGUUAAUUCCGGUUAAGUGAAAUGAUUUUUUCCUCAGAUAUUCCUUGAUUUGAUGAGAUUUUGAAAUAAAAAUAAAAUAUUUUCAUGAGAUUGGUUUUUUGGGGGGUUUUUUGAGGAUAUAGGAAAGAAUGCAUAAACCUAUAACUUAUUUUUGUUUAUAAAUUUUUAGUAGUCAACUCAAAUUGUUUCAAAAUUAAUAAUUUUUUUUUUAUUCCUCUAAAGAAACUUAGUUUAUGUCAAAUUAUUUUUUUUAGCUUGAAAAAAGCAAUUUUAAAAUAAUUCAUCAUAACACGGGCUGGCCAACCAAUAUUGCUUUAGGGACCAUUUUAAUCAAUUUAUAUGAAGAAUUCAGUUUCUUUCCUUGCGUCUGAUUAAAUAAUUUUAUGUACAUUUAGGUUUUUUUUUAAGUUCAUUCAUCAUCCUGACAUCUAAAGUAGACAAAGGUCUUGUUUUUAGACCAAAGUUUAAGUUUGUUUAUUUCAGAUUUUGUUUAUAUUGUAUUCCAAUUAUUUGUGUCGGUGUCAGAGAAUUAUUUUACAUUAGAUGAAAUUUAAACACAAAUGAUCAUCCCUAAAUUUUCAUUAGUAAAAGCUUUCUUACUUUUAGUUUCUAGAGAACUUUUUUUAAAAACAUUUAUACAAUUUUAAUCUAGUGAUAUUUUUCAUUCAAAAAUUUAAAAGAAUCUUUUUUAAAAAGCUUGAUUACAAGUAGGAGUUACAUAUGCUUACAUUUUUUCAAAUAUUUUUUGAAAUUGCAAAGUAAAAAAAUUCUAUAAAACGAACAUUGACCAUCUUGCAUAUGAUUUUUACCAUGUUCAAUUGGAUAAGGUUAUAAUCAAUGUUCCCUUUAAGCUGCGCGGCCGCGCAGCUCUCUCAAAGAUGCCUUGUAACAGUUUUUAAGUAUCUGAUCAGGAAAUUUUUAUAAAAAUAAAUUCAAACAGAUACUC